AUGUUGAAGAGAGCAUAUGACCUUUUGGAAGAAAUUGAGCUGUUCUUAGUUAUGAAAGGAAAAGAUCAACUAAUAAAUGAGAAGUUCUCACUGAUCAAAGGCUUCCAGAUAAAAUUGCGUCUGUGGGAGUCACAAAUCAGAAACCAAAACCCAGUCCACUUUCCUACGCUGAAAAACCAUGACACUACCAACCCUCAGUAUCAGAAGUAUGGUGACAAGUUGGCAGUCUUACGAGAGGAAUUUUCAGAAAGAUUUGGUGACCUCAAGAAAAAUUCACAAGCCAUUGAAGUCUUUGCUUCUCCUUUGUCUGUGGAUGUGACAGAAAUCCCUGAGGACAUACAGAUGGAAAUAAUUGAACUACAGUGCAAUGAUGAACUAAGAAAGAAGUUUGAUGAUAGUUCAGUAUACCAGUUUUAUAAGAAGCAUGUAUCAGUAACAGUGUAUCCAAAACUCUCUGCUCAUGCAAGGAAAAUUAUGGCAGUUUUUGAUAGCACAUAUGUUUGUGAGCAGCUCUUUUCAAAAAUGAAUCUAGUUAAAGACAAAUAUAGGUCUGUACUUACUGAUGAACAUUUGGAAUGUGCCCUGCGUGUAGCCACAUCAUCCAUACAGCCUGAUAUUGAUGAGUUGGUGUCCCAAAUGCAACAUCAACCAUCUCACUAG